CUGAGGAGGCGACAUUUACAGAAGGGGACAAGCUAAACCAGAAAGACAAAAACUAACACCCUCCAAGCGAGAAGGUCAGUCAUGUGGCUUGUCUUGAGCAACAGGUUUUGGAUGGAAGGUGGAAGGCGAUGUUGAGUGAGCUGGUACCACACUGGGGAAUGGUAUCAUGGGGAGACUGCGCUCACUCUCUGUGAUAGUGAAGUCUGAAUAUUGCUAAAGGGACUGCCACAGAUCCAGAGAGAAGCCUCGCUGUUGCCAAAAUGACCCAUCUGCAAUCCGGCCUCAGCGCUGAAAUCAUCGAGAAAUCUCGCUUGGAACUGAAUGAGAACCGUGAAGCCUUACAGCGGGAUAUCCAGCAUGUCAGAGACCUGAUCAUAACGCGGCCGGACAUCGGCUUCCUGCGGACAGAUGAUGCCUUCAUCCUGCGCUUUCUCAGAGCGAGGAAGUUUAACCAUUUCGAGGCCUUCAAACUGCUCGCUCAGUACUUCCAGUAUCGGCAGCAAAACCUGGACAUGUUCAAAAAUUUCAAACCUGACGAUCCUGGCAUCAAGCGUGCUCUGAUCGACGGCUUCCCGGGAGUGCUGUCACAGCCAGAUCACUGUGGUCGGAAAAUUCUAGCACUGUUCGCUGCCAACUGGGACCAGAGCAGGAAUACCUUUGUGGAUAUUCUCCGAGCUGUUCUUCUCUCCUUGGAAAUCCUUAUCGAAGAUCCGGAGUUACAGAUAAAUGGAUUUACGCUAAUUAUAGACUGGAGCAAUUUCACGUUCAAACAAGCCUCUAAACUGACCCCCACCAUACUGAGACUGGCCAUAGAGGGCUUACAGGACAGCUUCCCUGCACGUUUUGGAGGCAUCCACUUUGUGAACCAGCCCUGGUAUAUCCAUGCUUUAUACACCAUUAUAAAGCCAUUCCUGAAAGACAAGACCAGGAAAAGGAUCUUUCUUCAUGGGAACAAUUUGAACAAUCUGCAUCAGCUGAUCCACCCAGAAUACCUUCCAUCUGAGUUUGGGGGCACUCUGCCUCCCUAUGACAUGGGAACCUGGGCACGAAUAUUGCUUGGUCCAGAGUAUAAUGAUGACACGGAAUAUCCCUACAGUUAUUACAGUUCAAUGCUGGAUCACCAUGAUGGGGAUUGUUCUCCCAAGCAAAUGAAGAGGUCAGUGUCAGUGGGGGAACCAAGUGCCCUGCAGCAGGAGGACAGGGAUGAUGACAACACGCAGCCACUCCUGGCUCUGCACUGAACUAAAGGCAUCUCAGAGCUCACAGAAACAAUGGCAACUCCCCA